UUUUACCAGAAGAACUCAAUACUUUAGGAUGGAGAACCAGUGGACUUCUGGUCUUUGCAGCUGCAUGGAAGAUGGCAAAUCUGUUUGCCUUACAUGUUUCUGUCCGUGCGUCACUUUUGGACGGAUCGCUAAUAUUGCUGACGAAGGGAAUCGCGGUUGUGAGGAAUGUGGGCUAUUUUACGGACUGAUAUGUUUUGUGGUUGCCUUGCCAUGCUUGUUCUCAUGCACUUACCGGACUAAGAUCCGACGCAAAUUCGGGUUGCCGGAGUCUCCAGCUUCGGAUUGUAUCACGCACUGCUUUUGUGAAUGUUGUGCUCUUUGCCAAGAAUACCGUGAACUCAAAAACCGUGGUCUUGACCCUUCUAUUGGUAAUUGCAAUUCUUAUGAACCUUUUUUCUCAAGCAAGAGAGUAGAAAUCAUAUAUACAAAAACAUCACAGUCCUUUUUUAUUUUUGCGUUUCUGAAAAACAAGUUUUUGUGUUGAUUAACUAUUAAUGUUGCGUUUUAUUAUUUUGGUGUAAUAGGAUGGAAUGGACAUAUGCAACGGGCGACAUCUCCUCCUAUGGCUCAACACAUGAAUAGUUGAUUCUAAAGUUUCAUGUUUUGCAAUAUGCUUAUUUUCUUUAGUGAAUUGAUGAUUUACAUUAAAAAAGUGGAUUCAGAAAUACAGCACCUUUAAGUGUGUGUUUAAAGUAUUAGUUUAAAUGAUUUCAGUUUAUUAUUGUUUUGGUAUAAUGAAUAAAUAGAUAAAUUGUGAUGGUGUGUAACCCACAUAUAUGUUUGGAUAAAAACUGAGGUCUUAAAGCGAACUAAAAGGUAAAACAAAAAUUAGUAUCACUCAUGCUCUCUGCAAGCUUUUCGCCGAUUCUUCUGGCUGUUGUCUUGAUUCUCAGAUAUUCUUAGCCCUUGCUCGUCAAGCCGACUUUUUUUCCUUCUCCAAAUCAAACCGUGAAAAACAAAUAUUUCAAGACUGGUAAAUCGUUUGGGAAAAUGUUUUCAAGAUUUUAAAACGCGUUUUUCUUCUUCUCCUUUUUUUUUGCGUUUUUCUUCUUACAGAAAGUUAAAACGUGUUUACAAAAACGUUGUAAGAGAUUUUUGCUAUUAUGGUGACGUUGAUUACUUAUAGAUUGUAAAAUUAUUAAAAUUUGAAUAUAAUGUAAUUAUGUAAAACUAGUGAGUUGUCACGUACCUUCCGUUAUAAAACCAUUUGAAAAAUAUUAUUCAUUUUAACAAAAAGUGAAAUCCCUUAUAUAUUAAAAGAGAAGAA